AUGGCCGACGGUGAUACCCUCGUGUUCAACAUUGCAGCUUUCAUUGCGGGUCUAUUCCUCCUCCAAUAUGGAGCUGACAAGUUCAUUGACCACACGGCCAUCGUGGCAGAGCGGUUGAAUGUGUCCCCUACUCUCAUUGGGCUGCUUACUUGCGGCGCCGAGUGGGAGGAGCUUGUUGUUGUUGCCGUGGCUUUGGGUCAGAAGAACUCGAAUCUCGCACUCGGAAAUAUCAUCGGCUCGUCAAUAGCCAAUAUCCUGUCGUCUUUCUCUCUGGGCCUCCUUUUCAUGAACCAAGUCGAGUUCGACCGCAGCUCCAAGAUCUACACCACCAUUCUACUAGGAGCCACCUCGCUGUUCAUAAUCCUUCUUGCCUCGAUCAAGGCGAUCCCCCAGUGGUUUACCGGCUCGUUACUGAUAGUCCUCUUUAUCGUCUACAUCGGGUCCGUGGCAUAUCUCAUCUACCGGGGCGCUUUGACCGCUCCCGAGAAUGACUCGGAUAGCGAUAGCGACGACAACAACGACAGCGACACCGAGGCCGAAGACGGGGACAGUGACAGCGAUAAGGGCAGUCGUGAUGACAACAGCCAACGCAGCCGCACCUCAAGCCACCACAACCACCCCCACCUAGCCACCCCCCAGCACUCCCCAGCAGAGGACGACGACCCAGAACAAGGCCACCAACUCACCCUCCUCCGCCCCUCUCGCACCAAUCCCAAACUCAAACACCACCCCACCCACCACCACCGCGCACGCAAAUCCCUCCGCUACCACCUCCUGCACCUCACCCUCAGCCUCGGCGCGCUCCUCCUCUCCAGCUACGUGGUCGCGCACAGCGCCUCGACGCUCGGGCGCGCGCUCUCCCUCUCCUCCACGGCCGUCGGCGCAACCAUACUCUCGCUGGCCACCACGCUGCCCGAGAAGGUCGUCGCCGUGCUCGGCGGCAUGCGCAAGCAGCCCGGGAUCCUGGUGGCGAAUACGGUCGGGUCGAAUAUCUUUCUGGUGACGCUGUGUGCGGGGGUGCUGUUUCUAGCCGGGGAGGGGGAGGCGUUGGCGGGGGGGUUUACGGGGUUUGAGGUGGUGGUUGUGUGGGGGGCGGCGGUGGUGGUUUUGGGGGUGGUGGUUUUGGGGGGGAGGAGGUGGAUGGGCUGGGUGAUGCUGGGGGGCCUGACGUCCAACCAGACAAUAAGGCUUCCUUCCUCAACAGAUUCCCAUCCUAAGGUCGAUCCGGCUUCUUCCUCGCCAUGUCUCGGACCAAUUCCCGACACUUUGCACUUCAGCUAUUUGCACCAACGAAACAUUCCGCUUAACCUCAGAACCAAAUACACCCCUUAUGUCGUUACUCUAGUUGACAAGUCGACGGGCGGUGUGAAGCUGCCUAUGCUCGAUCGUUGGUGCCGACCACUGAACCAGUUGCAAGACGAAUUACAGAUCUGCCUCGACGGCAUCCCGCCCCUGCACGCACAAUUCUUCUACGCCUCGCCCAUCCCGAUCGACGACCCCCUCUCAGCCGCCACCAUCGCGGGCUCGGCGGCCGACGCGCGGCGGCCUGCCGCCAAGAAGCAGCUGCCGCUGCGGCCCUUCGCCGCCGCCGACAACGCCGCCCUCGAGCGCGCCUGGCUGGGCCUGGCCUCGGACCGCGACCGCCGCAACCACGCCCACGCCCGCCGCGACCGCAGCCCGAGUCCCAGCUCGGCGCUGGAGAGGGAGAAUGCGGAGAAGUUGGCGGGGAUCGUGGCGGCGCUGGCGGGGAAGCAUAGGGAGAAGCAUGAGAGGGAGGGGCAGGUUGUAGGGCCGCUUGCGGGUGCCGGUGCGGUGGAUGGGGAUGUGGGGACAGCGCCGGGCGGUGGCGGGGUGCCGGUUUGUUGUGCUGAGCUGGCGAUUGACGCGUCGGCCGAGUUGAGGAGGGAGUUUUGUGCGGUGACGAGGCGGAGACAGCAGAUUUUGGACCAUGAUCGCGUGUUGGAGGGCGUGAUGGCGCAGUUGGCGCGGUUGAGGAUGGAGGCGGAGGGGGCGAAACCCGCACAUGAAGUCGGCUGGGCGCUGGGUACCAGUCCGGCGCUGCAUGUUGGGAGUCUUGGGGCCAGGUCGCCGACGCCGCCGGUGGAUGGCGCCCCGCUGGCGUCGAGCCUACCGGUUGCGGGGUAUAUUCCGGCCCGGCCGCCGGUGCUGGAUGAUGGUAUCUCGGGGAAGCCCUUCGUGCGGGUGGAGUCGGCGCCAAGGUCCAAUCGAUCGUCUGGCGUGGGCACUCCGGAUGAUAAGGCGGCGGCGAGGAAUGUGCUUCGAGGUAGGGCCAGAGGUGACAGCAGAGCAUCUGCGCGUGGACGGCCAACCGCCGCCGAGCGGCUGGAGGAUUCGGUUGAGGUGCCGGUCGGUAUCUCGAGGCUGCACAUGGUCUCCCUCCCGGUGCUCCAGAUGAAGCCGAUCUAUUGGUCUCCUGUCAAUGAUAUCGCCACCGUCUUGAGGGCAACUUGGUUUUAUAGGGACACCAUGGUACCCGUUGAGCCCAGCGUCGCAAACCAAUUAGAGGCUGGUUACCGCGAGCUUCGACCGUGGACGGAGACAUGGGGCGAUGAGCUGAGAUCCGCACUCGACGUCGGCCCGCUUGGUGAGGAAAAGGUAUCUCACCGCUUGUGGCCCGAGGUCACCGACAAGCGGCAAAAGAGUAAAGACGGCCUGCCACCGGAACCGCCGAUAUCCACCGACCCCUUCUGCGCUGCCAGGUGUUUCCGCGGAGAGGCUGCCACCGAAGGGUCGCUGGAGCCGGUCCACUCCGAGGAAGACACCGCCCUCCCGCCCCCCGAGUCCAGAAUGUACUCGAGGUCCUAUGUCAUCUACAAAGAUGGAUCAGCUGCAUUUUUACUGAAGCCGAGCCAGAAGCCGUCGGCCUAUUAUAACCGAAGACCUAUAUCCAAGAUUAUGAAGGGCACGGCCGUCGGGCUGCCUGUCGUCCGUGGAUUCGACCGGGCGGUUUGGGAACGGGUGAACGACAAAGGGGCGGCUUCGCGCAGCAAGAACACAACGCCUGCGACUCCGGCGGCAGAGCUGCGCCAGACUGCCGAGCAGGGCGGCUGCCCAGGAUGCCAGGUGGACAAGAACCGGGGCCAGGUCACCGAUCUCGUCCUUAUUGCCCAUGGCAUUGGCCAAAAGCUAUCCGAGCGUGUCGAGAGCUUUCACUUCACCCAUGCGGUCAACGCUUUCCGGAGAGAUAUUAACAUCGAACUCGAGACCCCGACCGUUAAAUCCGUCCUCCGACCAGAGCAAAACGGGAUUAUGGUGUUGCCGGUCAACUGGCGUCAUCUCCUGAGUUUCGAUGACAACAACCCCGCCAGUGAAGAGGACAGAACAGCCUACUCUCCCGAGGGUUUCACUCUGAAAGACAUCGAGCCGCCCACGAUCCCGGCGGUGCGGAGUAUGAUCUCGGAUGUCAUGUUCGACAUUCCCUAUUACAUGUCCCACCUCAAACCCAAGAUGAUAGCCGCUCUCGUCGGCGAGGCCAACCGCGUCUACCGCCUCUGGUGCAGCAACAACCCAGGCUUCUCCGAGAAAGGCCGCGUCCACCUCAUCGCGCACUCCCUCGGCAGCGCCAUGGCUAUCGAAGUCCUCUCUAAACAACCCACGCGGGUCCCCCGGCCGCUGGACCUCUCCACCCCAGGCCCGGACACGCGUUUCUUCGAGUUCGACACCACAAACCUCUUCCUGCUGGGUAGCCCGGCCGGCUUCUUCCUCCUCCUUGACCGUGGCGGCCUAGUACCGCGACGGGGACGCCUUAAACCAGGCGCCGACGUUGCAGACACGGUGGCCAAGGACGUGGUCGCCGAUGUGGGCGUGUUUGGCUGCAUCGCCGUCGACAAUAUCUACAACAUCCUCGCAAAAGAAGACCCUAUCGCCUACCUUCUCAACGGCGCCAUCGACCCCGUCUACGCGGCCGGCCUCAAAGUCGCCUACGUGCCCAGCGUCAGCACCUCCUUCUUCAAAUCCGUCGGCGGCGCCCUCGAGCUCGAAGUGCACGACUUCUCGCGCGAGGAGGUGGCCGAACGCAAGGCCUUCCUGCUCAACGACAACGGCCAGAUCGACUACUACCUGCGCUCGGGCGGCGGGCCCCUCGAGAUGCAGUACCUCAACAUGCUCAGCGCCCACACCAGCUACUGGACCAACCAGGACCUGAUCCGCCUGCUGUGCGUCGAGAUCGGUCGCGUGCCGGGCCGGGACCAUGCCCUGGCCGCGAUGCGCGCGGUGAAGGUGAAGGGGCGGUUUGGGGGGCAGGUUUAG